AUGGAGGCAUCACAUCCGUGUCUGAGCUUCGCCGUGCUCAAAGAGGUCUUUGCUGUGCACAGAGAGAGCAUUAAUCACGGCAGUGUUGAGUCACUGAUGUCGAAAGAGGUAAGAUACUCGCAGGAGUUCUACCAGCUGCUGGGCUCGCUGUCAUUGGUGUGUUGGCAAUGGUUCCGCUACAUUACGAAUCGCUUCUUCACGCAUCUCUCGCUCGAUCUCAAUGACGGUUGGGAGCAGCCCCAGUGGCGGUGUGCGCUGCCCGAGACGCCGCUCUCUUUUAUCAUGGUCACCAACAUCUUUCUCAACAACUGGCCACGAUACUAUGGGAUGCCUCCCAUAGUCUACGGCGUAAGCAAGUGCACACUACUCGCGCCACACAACAUACUUCGACUCUCUGUCCAUGUCACCGACCAAGAGAGCGAUGCGGCCAUGACAGUCGAUAUGGUCAGACUUUGCACCAAUCUACAGACUGUCGAUCUCUAUGCACAGCUGCCCCAAUCCGCCAAUGUGGACAAUAUAGCCAAGACACUCCAGUCAAUCAAUCCACUCUUGGCGAUAUCGCUCACUGUAGCACAUGCAGACCUUUGCAACCCUGGUGCCGAUGACACUGGCCUCUGGCAGCCAGCCUUUACAAACUACCAAUCUGUCCAUUACUUGGCUCCUACAUGCUUUGUUGAACUUCCUCUCUGCAUUAGACCUUGGACACCCAACCGAUUCACCUUUGUCAAUGUUGACUUUGGAACGAUCCCCAUUGAGCUGGAGGAGCUCACUCAGACAGUGUCGAUGGCCAAUAUUCGCUCUGCUACCUGUCGACUCGAAUUGGCCAACAACCUCUUUGCAAAGGAGAGCUGGCACGAUGAAUACAAUGCUUUGGUGGACGCGAACCCUGGAAAGACCUGCUUGACCCCAGAUGACGCUUGCUCCCUGGACGCAAAUGUGAUCUUGUCCGAGCUGCGCCACUUUGACGUGCUGUUUAAAAGCCUGUCAACUUCAUCCAUUGAGCUACUGACCUGCAUCAAUCAGGGGUCCCUCAACAUGCUGUUGCUGUUGAUGCUCCUGUUCGGACUUCAAUGA